GGCCGGAGGAGCGCGGGCGGGGAGAUGCGGCGCGCCAGCCGAGACUACUCCAAGUACCUGCGCGGCGCCGAGGAGCCGGGCGCCCCCGACUGCGCCCCGCCGCCCCCCGGCCUGCCGCCCCCCCACGCCGCCGCCGCCCUCCCCUCGCGCGCCCUGCUGGCCGCCCUGGGGCUGCUGGGCCUGGGCCAGGUGGUCUGCGGAGUCGCCCUCUUCCUCUACUUCCGCGCCCAGAUGGAUCCGCACAGAAUUUCCGAAGACGACCUGCUCUGCUUGCGAACUUUCUUGAGGCUGCAAGGGAAUGUCGAUCUGCAGGAAGCCACCUUGGCGAACCAGGAAACGAGACUCCUGUCUGAAUCGUGCAGAAGGAUGAAGCAGGCUUUUCAGGGAGCGAUGCAGAAGGAAGUGCAGCGUAUUAUUAUUGGGAAAGAUCAGCCCAGAUCUGAGAAAUAUAUCUUGGAGUCCUCGUGGUUGGAUUUGUCUACCCAAAAUGGGCCCAGCAAAGCUCCGCUUGCCCAUCUACUCAUUGAUGGUAAUAACAUCCCAAACGGUACCCAUAAGGUGAACCUCACUUCCUGGCACCCUGACAAAGGCUGGGCAAAUAUACACAACAUGACCUUCAGUGAUGGAAAACUCAUUGCCAAUCAUGACGGCUUUUACUAUCUGUAUGCCAACGUGUGCUUCAGACACCAUGAAACCCUGGGGAACAUAACCGGACAUCUGCACCUGAUGGUGUAUGUGACAAAAACCAGUGUUAAAAGGAAAACUUCUGAAGUCCUGAUGAAGGGGGGAAGCACCAAAUACUGGUCAGGGAAGUCAGAGUUUCAUUUUUACUCUGUAAAUGUCGGAGGGUUUUUCAAACUGAGAUCUGGUGAGAAAAUUGGGAUCCAGGUAUCACAUCCAUCAUUACUGGAUCGCAAUCCAGCAGGAACGUACUUUGGGGCCUUUAAAAUAAGGGAUAUUGAUUGAGCUUUGAUUGGAACAUAUUUUCCAAGAAAAAAUGUUAUUCUUGUUGAGCUGGAUUAGAUUAAUAUUUUUGUAUAAAAUCCAGUUGUACAAGAGUCAGAAUUUCUCCUAGGCGGCUUGACCCAACUUCAGUUACAUCCUACACAUAGUGCACAUAGUGUAGGAUGUAAUUCUUAAUUUUUUGAGGUUAUUUGGUUGGGGUUUUCAUGUGAAUAUAAAUUGCUAUCUGGUCGAGAAUAUCUUAUAAAAUGGUUACGUUUCAAAACACUUUCAAGUCCAAAUUAAUUGUCCAUAAGGGAGAUAAAGUAUUUUUUGCAUCGGAACAAAAACAAAAGAUAGGAUUUUAAAAACGGGCAAGGUUUUGAAGUUGUGUAUUUAAUUUUGUUUUGUGUGUUACUCUGGAAAGUGACAUAUGCACUGACAGCAAUAUAUAAAUAAGUAGCAGAAAUUUUUGUCCAUCAAAACAUUUUAAAAAGUAAAUCAUGUUUUGCUUGGCAUACAGGUGUCUAGAGAUUUAGGGGAAAUGUUAGAAAGAUGUAAAAAGGAGUUGCCAUUCUCAGUUUUUAUAUUUUUCCCCAGAAGACCAGAAUAUCCACUUGGACCACAGAAUAUUUCCACAGGUGGAAAGGAUUUCUGUCAGUCGAGUGGACCAUCCAUUCCUCCCCGUCCUGCUGCAGCCCUAAACCCCCUUGAGAUGCGGCUCUUGGAGGUCAAGGAGUGGGUGGGAAUGUCAGAAGUCUACAGUGGGAGGGGGCUUGUCAAAAAUCACCCCCUUCCAUUUUGUGGAAAUGCUCCAUGGGAUCCAUCAGUCCCUUCUCCCUAGUUCUUCUGCAGGCAGAAUAAUAUCUCAUGUGUGAUUUAUUUUGUACCUACCUAUGAGCCUUUAUUGAUUCUGAUUGCCUCUUUCCCCAUCCCCAGCCUCCCAGAUGGCUAUGCAGGGUCAGGAAAUGCAGUCUGUGUACAUUUUUGAACUUCUGGCCUGAAUUCUCCCCUGACCUGCAUGCUGCAAUCUUCUGUCCUGUUUACAAGGGCACUUUUCUUCUGCUGUUUGCCCUGUAAGGAGAGAGCAGUCACACGGUUCAUCUCGUGAACACUCACAUGCAGGCUAAUGAAGUUCCUGCAAAGUGCUGAUGCCAAGGGUCUGUUCACCUGUUUCAUUUUUGGAUUUUAGGCUUUGUGAAACAUGCUUGUAAAACAGAUCAUGUUCGAAAGAGACGAAUCUGUGGCUAGAAACAAGUGUACCAUGCAAAUAUGCUGAUACAGCUAGAAUUCGCUUCAGCUCCUUGUCCAAAAGUCAUCCUGUGGAUUUAAUGUCCAGGUGCUCAGGAGCAACAGCCGCAGGAGGCCAUUGCUUUCACAUCCUGCAUGUGAGCUCCCAAUGGCACUGGUGGGCCACUGCGAGUAGCAGAGAGCUGGACUAGAUGGACUCUGGUCUGAUCCAGCAGGCUUGUUCUUAUGUUCUUAAUGUCAGCAUCGUGUGUGGAAAGACCCCCUGUGGCUGCGCAGUCAGGAACUCCCUAGAAACCACCUGGGUUUAUCUGCCUUUUUUGUCAGCAGAGCAACACUCCUGAGCUGCGGUGGCCUUACAGGAAGCUGGCCACAUGCUGAGUCAGACCCUUGAUUCCUCAGCCUCUGUAUCACCGGCCAGGCUGGCAGCAGCUCUGCAGGGCCUCAGGGUCUUUCCUGCCACCUGCUACCUGGUCCUUUUAGUUGAAGAUGGAACGUGGGACCGCCUGCCUGCCUGCCUGCCUGCCAAGCAGGUGCUCUGCCACUGAGCCAUCAACGGUGCUAGAAAGGGUCGAUAUUCAUGAGAAGGUGAUUGACCCGUGCAUGAUGAGAGUGGUUAGGCAAGGUACAUUCUUCAUCAACUAUAAACGAGCUCAUUUUUACAUAAUGUAGCAGUGGAUGGCAGUUAGGUGAAGGGGAGCCACUGGGUCAGUUUUUAUUUCCUUUUUUCAGCCUUCCUAUCCCGUUGUGUGUCAUCCUAACACAGGGGUCGGCAAAGGGAUUUACCACCCAAAGAGCCAUUUGGACCCGUUUUCCACAGCCCCGAAGAUCUACCGAGGCGGCUCCGCAUGGAGCUGCCUCCGGUUCAGCCCCUCCACUCACCUUUCCUUCCAGUGCUG